GAACUGAGUUACUUAGUGACCCCCCAUCGCAGCCAUGCAGCAGCAAGACGCCGCCCCAAAGGAGGAUCUCCUCACCAUUCAGAAAACAGAAGAGGUGAACGAGCCGCACGCACCUUCCAGCCCCUUCACUGUGCAGGUGGGGCUCGUUGUCUGUGUGACACUAUUAUUCGUGUGCUGCAGCUGUCAGAGUUCAAGAGGAACGAGCGUGAUGGCUUCCUGCUGAUGCGGGGCGACUCGCCCCUGAUGGUCAUGCAGAUCGGUCACAAAUACGAAGGGGUGAGGGGUGAGGGGGAGGGGGAGGGAGGGUGUCUAUGUGUGUGUGCUCGUGCGUUGUGCAUAUGUGUGUGCAGGAUGCGGCAUUGGAGAGGAACUACGUGGCCGAGGACAAGUUCAUCAUCCCCGUGGGCUACAAGGCCGUCAGCAAGUGGGGUGAGGACGAAAUCAUCUUCAUGACGCGCGAAGGACGGGACGGACCGGAAUACCAGGUCCGACCACGACCAGCCAGCAACGAGAUUCAUGUCUUACACACAAUUCGUUCACCUUGCCCACGAGCAGAUCAUCUAUUUGCCCCGGAGUGCGGUGCAGGAGGAUCUGACCGCCCUGCCAUGGAGCGGCUCCAUCCACCGAAUGUGGGCAGACCUCGUCAAGACACUCAAGCAGGCCGCCGCCACAACCGCCACCCUUCAGGCCGGCGGCAAGACACAGACCAGCGCCCCCGGCGGACAGCCGGACGACAAGCGUGCGGGCGGCAAUCUUGCUCACUUUGAGAAGGGGCCGUGGUGGGUGUUUGGCAUUGCUGACGACGCCAUCCAGCAGCACCUAAGCAGCGACAAGGGGACCACCACCAGUGGGCUGGGGGAAGUGCUGGGCUGUGGGGAGGGAUCGGGGCCAAGCUUCGAAGGUCGGUAAAAUGCUCUUUUGAAGCCCACCUUACUAAGGGAGGGAGGGAGUAUCGUGUCUCUCUGUGCGUGUCAUUAAAUGGGGCGUGUUAAUUAAGAGUACGGGAAAUAUCUUGGAUACGACCCUGCCCGCGACGAGAUGCUGCGGUGGGUGGUGGAGGUUAUGAUGAAGGAGCCGCUACCCAACCACCUGCAGCAAAACAUCGUGGACGGACUGGUAAGUUAGACACCACACCCCUUUGAAGGAUCCAUUCGCACACCGCCCCGCCCAUGGGACCACUGGUGCCAUGUGGUGUGGUGUGCUGCUUUGUCUGUGUGCAGGUGUACUGGGUCGACACGCGCAAGAAUGAGAGCACCUGGAAGCACCCACACGCCGACAAAUACAAGUGAGCACAUAGGCUGGCUGAGAGCCAUCCACUCUUCUGUCUGUUGUUCACCGGGCUGUUUGUUUCUGUAUGUACUUAUUUCUCUGUCAGGGAGUUGUUGGACGCGGGUCGGCGGGACCGCCCGGUGCCCCACUGGCGGUCCAUCGCCGCCUUUCAGAUCAAAAUGCUCAUGCACAAAGUCAUCAGAGAAGAGUGAGCAGCCAGCCAUCCAUCCAUCCAUCCAUCCCCCAUGGACAGCCGACACCAACCGCAUGUGUCUCUUGGCCCACUGAAGGGAUGAGGAGGUUGCGGCGUGUCUUGACGGCGGCGGCCGGCCCCCACGGCUGCUGUCUCUCGCUGACUGCUACACGACCAUCAAGGUGAGUCGGUCGGUGGUCGGGUGGGUGGGUGGGAUGGAGGGAGGGAGGGAUAGAGGGAGGGAGGCAGCCUGCUUGCUUUGCCUGCGGUGUGUUGCGAUCGAUGGCCAUAUAUAGGAUUUGGCUCGCAUCUAUGAGGUCGAUCUGAAGGCAGAGCCAUUCCUGGUCGGUUCCACAAGGGUUAAGCUAAGGGGUCUGUCUGUCUGUCUGUGUCUCCAUCAUCAUCAUCAUCAUCGCUCUCUGUGCUGUGUGUGCCCAGGCUCAUGUGUUGCGCAAGGCUGCCCGCUACUUCUACCACACCGCCCGCAGACACGAGGUAUGUUCUGUGGGCAAAGGACGUGCAGGCAUCAGUGGACGCAUACAUACCCGUGUGAUGUGCCUGGCCCUUGCUCAUUUGCACAUUCUACUUUCAGGAGGUGCAUGAUGUCAGCGACUUCUAUGCGCUCGUCCAGGUCUGCCUCGUCGGAUGGAUGGAUGGAUGGAUGGACAAAACAAGGGGGACAGGAAUGGCAUCGCUGCUCUUCCCUCUGUCUGUCUGUCUGUCUGUGUGCAGCGAUACCGCGAUGUCGUCCAAAGUUUCGUCCAGCAGCAGGAGACAGGUGGGUGAGUCGGUGGGCAGGCGCCUCGACGCGAUGCGGUGCGUGUGUAUUUUCGUCUGUGCGUGUGUGCAUGGCGCCCGUAUGGUAGAUCAGGAGUUGGUCCGCAACCUCCUGCGCUGUGUGGAGUGUCGGCGCGAGAAGGCCACUGUGUUCUGCGACAAAAGUGAGGACCUCCUCUGCCAAAGAUGCUACGAGGCCACACACAGCAAGGGACACAGAAGCCAACAUUACAUCACGCAGGUCGGUUGGCGACGGUCUCUCGAUGUCUCUGUGUGUGGGGUCUGGUGGAAAGGUGUGUUUGUGUGUGUGUGUUUGUGUGUAGGUUGAGUUUGAGAUGUGUGUUGAGUGUGGGCAGCAGGUGGCGGUGUUCCACUGCACCAGCUGCAGGGACAGCUUCUGCAGGAACUGCUUCGAGCUGCUGCACAUGAAGGGCGGUACGUCAGCCACCACACAAUCACACUAACACUAACACCAGACAGACAGACACCCAGAGGGUGUGUGCAGGCCGCAGAGGGCACGUGCCGAUCAUACUGCGGGCACUCAACGCCUCCAAGGCCUUCCUGCCCAACAGACAAGGUCCCCAAACCCCACUUGUUGAUUGGAUGGGAUGGCUGCUUAUUUGUGCGUCAUUGUGUUUAGGUGGUAUGGUGUCUCUGCCCGCCUCGAUGCGCCGCGCGAGCCCUCUGAAGGCCACGGCAGAGGCCGCGCACGUCCUCGCCAAAGUAAGCCACUCAGCCAAAAGAGACAGACAACCCAUCAUCAAGAGAAGCUCAGCUCUGUCGCUCGCUCUCUCUCUCUCCCUCCCUCUCUCUCUCUCUCUCUCUCUCGGGGUGUGUGUGUGUGUGUUGUGUGUUUUGAUCAAUCAGGUGCGAAGCCAUUGGGUUCAGUUUGAGGACCGGCUGGGCCUCCCCGUCUUCUACAACCUCAUGACAGACGAGGCGCGAAGGUCAGUCACAAAGCGCAGCGCACACCCACGCCAACACACCCGCAAAGGACGGACGGACAUGUGCCUGCGUGUGGUGCAGGGACAUCCCCGCGAGCAUGUUGAACGAGCCUCUCGAGUGGGUGGUGGGCGACCUCUCCUACGCCUUCGACCAGAAGGAGCCGCCACAGAGAAGCUGGGAUGGCUACUCGGUGUCUGCGCCCUGGGUGAGCAUUCUGGAGGGCAGGAAAGAGAGACGACAGCUGUCAAGUGGGGUCAUCGCUGCCGCACUGAGACACGGCGGCAAACAGUCCCCCGCUGCUGCUGGCGUGCACUGAGGGAGGGAGGGAGGGAGGGAGGGAGAGGGGGGUUUGCUGGCUUCGUUCGCUUGUGUGUGUCUUUCUUGUUUGCUGGAGGGUGGUCCCGCGUGUGAUGUGUUGUGUUGUGUUGUGUUGAGGGGGUGCGCCUCUCCAUGCUUCUUUGAUGCUUAGGACAUUUCUUGGACGGACGAGAUGAAUUGGUGAAUGGCCAAAUGAAUUGGUGAAUGGGG